AUGCAUACACUAUUACCACGGUAUCUACCGCGAUGUGGUGUUUUUCUACGCAGACCCAAGAUAUUUUGGCAACCGCUAACGACGUCACCAUCAUCAACAACAUCGUCUAAAGGCAACAACAUUCCCUUGACCACAAGUCUCUCAGAACCAGCAUUUGAUAAAGGAGACAAAAACCGGGAUCAACAUAGGAUUUUGAAUAGGUUGAAGCCAAUACAGCCAAACGAUUUGUACGUUUCAUGCACCGUGUUUGACUCGAAAGGUAACAUCACAUCCGUUUCGAAAAAGUACCCCAAGAUGCAAUUCUUAAAAGAAAAUCAUUUGUUUCCGAGAGAUCUACGAAAGAUUGAUACUUCGUCCAUUGAUGUUGUUCCAACAAUCAUGAUACGGCGGUCGAACGCCAUACUUGUCAAUUUACUAUACAUAAAAGCCAUCAUUAGGAAGAAUUCCGUCAUGGUGUUUGAUACAUCUAAUAGUGAAGUUGCGACGAAAUUGGGCAUAUUGAUGUAUGAUUUGGAGAUGAAGUUGAAGUCUUCGUCAAAUUCCGCCUCUAUGCCAUAUGAGUUCAGAGCCUUGGAGCUGAUUUUGGUUAGUGUGAUGAGUUACUUAGAGGCAGAAAUCAAGACUUAUAUUUCUAGUUGUGGGAUGAUUCUUGGUGAGUUGGAGAAUCAAGUUGAUCGGAAAAAGUUGCAGGAGCUAUUGAUACGACUGAAACAGUUGUCUAGCUUCCAUCAAAAAGCGUUGUUGAUUAGGGAUGUGUUGGAGGAGUUGUUGGAGAAUGAUGACGAUUUGGCGGGGAUGUAUUUGAGUAAGCCCAAAGUGCCAGGAAAAGAAGAAGACGAAGAGAGUUAUGAGGAUUUGGAAAUGAUUUUGGAGAGUUAUUAUAGACAAUGCGAUGAAUGUGUUCAACAAGCAGGCAGUUUGUUGAAUGACAUUCGAGCAACGGAGGAGAUUGUCAACAUCAUUCUUGACGCAAAUCGAAACUCGCUCAUGUUGUUUGAGUUGAAAGUUACAGUUUACACUUUGGGCAUCACUGUGGCAACUUUGAUUCCAGCAUUCUAUGGAAUGAAUUUGAAGAAUUACAUUGAGGAUUCGAAUUUGGGGUUUGCUGCAGUCGUUGUGUUUUCAUUAGUACAAGGAGGAAUUAUAACAUGGUUCAAUUUCAAGAAGUUGCACAAGGUUCAAAGACUUACCAUGAUGGGUACAAAUGAUAGUUCGAUGAAUAUGGCAGCGUCAUAUUCGUCAGCAAUUAAAAGAAACGGUCUGUUUUUACGCCGAUUAAUCUUUGGAUCUGGUACAUAUAAACGGAAAAAAUUUGAUAGACCUACGAAACGGGAGAAGGACGUUAUAUGGCGCAUGAUUAACGAUGAUAGGCCAAGACACUAG